UCGAACUUAGAGUAGAAGUUUCGCAUUUCGCGCAUUCCCAGCAUUCAGUGCGCGUUCAUGGAAACGAAUCAGUGGACACGCAUUGACGUACACUUAUCACGUGCCUAAAGAUGGCUGCGCUCACGUCCUUGAUGUUGAGGACAAGAACAGGCCUACUACUCCCGUGCCAGUGUCCUCUCGUGGACGCGGUGAGGUUCGCGUCCAAGAAAUCGGGAGGUAGUAGCAAGAACACGGGAGGAAAGAGCCCUGGCCGCCGCUUCGGCUGCAAGAAAAUGGACGGGAACUUUGUCCACGCUGGAAACAUCGUUGCGACGCAGAGAUCAACGAGAUGGCAUCCAGGAGCACAUGUGGGCAUCGGGACAAACAACACCCUCUACGCAUUGGAGGACGGAAUUGUCCGUUACACCAAGGAAGUGUACGUUCCUCCGCCUCGCAGCCCGGAGACCUUUAAGGUGAUCACCAAACUUCCCAGGGGAACUGUCCUCUACAAGACCUUCAUCAACAUCGUCCCCAAAAAGCAGGAAGGAGUUUUCAAACUGGUGGGCAUGUUUUAAUCAGCUUUCAUCCCACACGGAAUGUAUGGAAGUUCCGGAACUCUAUUUCUCUACUUCCUGUGGACUUGGAAGUCGACUUGGGAAUGUUCUGGAACAGUUGGAAUUCCUGGGGAAGAUGUGUGCUGUGAGGUGGUGAUAAGGUCAUAAAGGAACUCUGAUAAAGGAAGCUGUCCAAGGGUGGAGUACGGUCAUUUAUGACUCAUAGAGAGUUUGUGUUCAUCGAUGUGAGUGUUUGAUUGUGGAGGAAUGACUUGUAUGUUAACUGUCAUCUGUCUAGAUUUGUGUGCAAAAUACAUGUCACAAGAAUAAAGUUUUGUAUUUAAGUGCA